UGGCAAAAUCCAGUGCGACCACUGUCAGCUCAUUUCCUUAUUUGGCUAAUUUUUGUACACCGCACCGCAAACCGCCUCCUUUCUCUCUCUCUCUAUCUCUUCUUCUUCUUCUCACCCAAUUUUUGGUUUAAUCACUAUUCAAUUUAGCCCCCAGCAGUGAAUCCUAAUCCUGUGUGCUGCUUCUUCUCCUGCUUGCUUCUGAUCUUUUUUUUACACUAUAUAUACACCCUCAUUUUCCCCACAAAUCUUCUCACUCUCCCCCUUUUCCUUGUCUGACUGAGUUCCCUUCCGUUUCUCAGAAAAUUUUCACCUUUUUCAAUUUCUCAGCCGCAACCCACAACAGAAAAAAAAAGAAAAAGAAAACCAUUUAAUUUAAUAUGGGGCAAGCAAACAUGGAUUUCGGGAAUAUGAACAGUAAUUAUGUUCCCAGAGUUGAAAUUCCGGCUUGUGUGAAGGAAGAGCCGCUGGUGUACCUCGAUGAGGAGUAUGAUCCUUUUGCAAAUGCCGGCACCGGCAGCGGCGGCGCUGUCUCCGGCGGCGAUGGGGAGUUCUUCGAUGCGCCGAAGCCGAUUGAAGGGCUUCAUGAGGUUGGCCCACCGCCGUUCUUGAAGAAGACUUUUGAAAUGGUGGAUGAUCCUGAAACCGACUCCGUUAUCUCCUGGAGUUCUACCUGUACCAGCUUUGUGGUUUGGGAUCCUCACAAGUUCUCCAGGGAUCUCCUUCCUAAGCAUUUUAAGCACAACAAUUUCUCAAGCUUUGUUCGUCAGCUCAACACCUAUCGUUUUAGGAAGGUUGAUUCAGACAGAUGGGAGUUUGCAAAUGAGGAAUUUCAGAAAGGGAAGAAGCAUUUGCUGAAGAACAUCAAGAGGAGGAAACAGAACACCCAAAUGUUGCAUCACCAUGGAGCUGGACAGCCUUGGCUUGAUGGUUCCAAAUACGGGUCGGAAUCAGAGAUUCAAAAACUCAGGAAUGACCAGAACAUGCUGAGAAUGGAGCUUCUUAGGAUGAAGCAGCAGCAAUUGAACACUGAGAAAUAUUUGGCAACAAUCAAAGAGCGCCUGAGGACAACAGAAACCAAGCAAAAUUACAUGGCGCUUUUCCUGGCGAAGGCAUUCAAGAACCCUACGUUUGUUCAGUAUUUAGUGGAGAAACUCCAGCUGAAAAAAUCACUAGCUGGUGGUGGCGCACCUGCCAAGAGGAGGAGGCUGGCGGGUCCUGAUCAGAGUUGUGACAAUAGGAAGGUGGACACCGCCGCCAACGGCAUGCCGGCCGUAGAUGUUAAAUCUAGAACCCCUCAGCAUCAGGAAGAGCUGACAACAAUUGACCCUGAAGUUCGGACAUUAUUCUCCCCUGAGAAUGAAUCGGACAGUCCAGUUCAGGACCAACCUGGUACAUCAUCUUCCAACACAGCAGCAGCAGAGACAGGGUCUGAGAAUUUCAUACUGUGGGAGAAGCUAAUGGAGGAUGACAUGAUAUAUGAAGAUGGACCAGAAACUUCUAAAUCUCAGGCUGAGAUUGUGCUUGAAUUGGAGGAUUUGAUCUCAAAGCCAACAAACUGGGCCACCCACUUUAAGGGAUUGGUAGAUCAAACUCACUGCCCUGGAUUAACUGCAUAAGCUCCUCCAUUUCUGAAGGUAGAUUAAAUGAUUGUAAUAAUAUUGUGCUUUAAUCAGUCAUCUCACAUCUUUGUUAAGACUCUUAAUUGUUCUCCUUGUCUUGUUGUCAGGCCAGCUGAGGGUAAGGUGGAUACAACUGUUGAGCUGGGAAGAGAAAGGAUCAACUAGGAAUAAUUAUGUAUAUAGUAUAAUACGCAGGAGUUCAGUAGUAGUGUAUGCAUCAAUUGGUACAAAUCCUGGAGAUUUUAAGUUAGGGACAUUGAUCUUUAGGAGUUGCUCCUGUGCAUAUGUUUUGCUCUUGCAAGCUAUUAGUUUCUUAGGCCUAGUUUCUUUAGGUUGUACAGAUGGACUAUUGUCAUCAUCAGAAAACCCCAAAAAAAUGGAAAAAUUAAAAAAAAAAAAUUAAAAAAAAAUUGCUCCCCUGUUUCUCCUUUGUUGGAGGGUCUGAUUCAAAGGGUAGUUGCAAUUUCGUAGUAUAACCAGUUCAUCAGGUUUCGGAACUUUGACCCGGACAUUGUAUGUUCAGAUCAUGGUUCAUGGACUCUCAUCCGCGGAGUGUUUUUG